CAUGCAAUACGAGGCGAGGGCAUUUUGGUCAUUUCAACCUCCUCUUUUCCUCUUCUGAGGGAAGAAGGGUGCACUGUUCUCGCCACAUAGAGAAACCGAACACCAGAUGAGCGAAGUAGAGAAGAUGAUCGCCAUCGGCCUCGUCUGGGGCGUCACCAACGCUAUAAUGCGCCGGGGUGCGCUCCUCUGGGACCAGAAGCUGGAGGCAACCUCCGCAUCAAAUCCCCGCCGUCCAUCUCUCCUGCACGAACGGGCCCUAGCGCAUCUCAAGAAAUGGAUCGAUCUUCUCCUAGUCUGGCAGUACUCCAUCCCUUUCCUUGUAAACCUCUCAGCCUCUGCUGCUUUCUUCUCCAUCUUAAGCGACGCUCCGAUCUCUCUCGCCGUUCCGGUCACCAACGCUACGACGUUCGCCGCCACAGCGGUCGCGGCCACGGCCCUUGGAGAGGAGACACGUGUCUGGCAUGCCUUGUCAGCAGGUGACGUCGACCGUUCAUCACUGCAGGCCCCAUCAUGUGUGGAUCACAUCGCAGACAUAGCACCUGUUGACGAACAUACUCGUUUGUCAAAUGUCAGUAAACAAUCGCAGCAUUGAAUCCCAAAUUCAAUAACAAACAUCCACCGAUUCAGAUUGUUGAGAUUGGAUAGUAUUGCAUCCGUAACUGUUAUUGCAUCUGUACUUGUUAUAUCUUGUUAGAGGAAUGCUGAUUGCAUCCAGUUUAUUGAGCACCAGUUCCCAUGACAA